CCCACCUUUCCCAGCACCACGGUUUCGAGCCAUCGCCGUUCAGGGGCCCCCGUCGCCUUCGCUUGAUAGACCGCACACUGGUGAAAGCAGGCACCAAAUGGAUACAGUGGGUAGGCAGGUACUUUUGAAUUUCUCAUGCCCAGACCCUACCUAGGUACAUUUAUGUCGUUCGGAAUGCGCUGUCCCAGCAACCGCAAAGGAUCUCUCCAGCUUUGAUCCCGAUAUGAUUCACAAGGGACAAAACAUGUAGCCGCCUGCCCUUCUGUUUAAAAUUGCCCUUGUCGCCAGGCACACGCUCUGCAGAAGCGAAAUCGGUUGCGGUGUUGGUUUCAAGGGGCCAUCGUCAAUGUCUCUGUCGUCUCAUCUCGACAUUUGGCUCCCCCGCCCCUCAACCAUGCUCAGAUCUCCUGUCACAGUCGAUCAACAGGGGCCCGCAUGUUGGCUCGUGCGACCAUCCUCGGCUUCCUCCCGAGUCGGUUCGCCCUGGAGCCACACCGUUGCCGCCAGGCCGCCGGGUCUGGCUGAGUGGCCUUGCAGCGGAGCCGCAGCCUGUCCCAAAAUAGGAUCGUGAGCCUCAGUUGACCCGGUGCCCUUCGACCCUCUUGCGAAAUGUGCGGUCUCGUGUGCCUACCUCCCUCACACUUGGCGGUCAGGGGGGGCGACCCCAGUGGCACCAUAAUCGCAAAAGCCCAGAAUCACGAGCCCUCGUCGCGUUCGUAGUAUAAAGAUGGGCUUUGCUCUCUCCCAUGGUUCACUGUUUUCUUCCUUCCUCACGCCGCCGGUCAUCCAACAAAUACUCCAUCCAUUCUUUUCAUUCUCAGUGCAGUGCACUUGUUCGUUCUUUUCUUCGCAUACCUCUUGCCUUGUCACAAGACUUUCCACUGCUUCUCAGCAUACCAUCACUUCACCAGUCAUCCAAGAUGCAGUUCACCGCCUCGCUCCUCGGCGUCGUGGCCAUGGCCGUCUCGGUCAGCGCCCACGGCAAGCUCGCCAGCCCCGCGGCGUUGCCCAACACGACGCCGUUCCAGAACAUCCGCAUCCCCGACAACGGCUGCGGCCAGGGCGUCGACGUCUCGGGCCGCCCGACGGCCACCUUCAAGGCCGGCAGCACCGCCAGCAUCACCUGGAACAUCAACAACGGCGACGGCGGCGGCCCGCUCAGCGUCAAGUUUGACACCACCGGCAAGGGCACCAGCUUCAAUGCCGUCGCCACCGUAACCAAGAACCUGGCCGGACAAAACGGCGGCAUCCCCAACAGCUUCCCCCGCGGCGACCACAAGAUCGAGGUCACCAUCCCCAACGUCAAGUGCGAGCGCUGCGUGCUGCAGGUCAAGCAGGCCCUCAACGGCAGGGAGGGCUUCGGCUCCUGCGCCGUCGUCACCAUCAACUGAUCGGUCCCCGGUCAACGAGCUUGCGUCUCUGAGCUGCCGGUGACAGGCAGCAAAGACAGGACGGACUAUACCAGGGGGUGGGCAGAUGCGAUUUGCAAAGAUGGCAUAGGCUCAGGGAUGGACGUAUGUCGGCUUCAACCUUUAAAUUUCUUGUACAUAUGUCUGGUUUGCUCAGCUCGGCCUGUAACAAUACCAUUUACUUUCCCACAAA